UGACGUCAUGGUUGGGGUAUUUUCAAGAUGGCGCUGCAGCCAGCUCAAACACUGAGGGGAUUUAAUUAAUCUUUUUGCCCGGCGGUGACGUUAACCUCGCAGGAAAGAAGGAGAACAUCUUGUUGUUUUAAGACGCCGACGAGGAGCAUGUUACACCCGGUGAGUGUCAGGUAACGCUGAAGGCUAAAAUGGUAGCCCCUUCCUCCAGGAACAACAAAACCUGCUGCUGCCGUUGCUGCCGCGGAGCCGGGCCGACCGGGCAGGAGGACUCGUCGCAGGAUUUUAUGCCCGGGGCCGAGGCUCGCUCGACGGACUGAGUGGUUAUGGAAACGACGAAGGAGAACGGAGGGUCGUUUGCCGUCGAUUUGAACGAGAACGAAGAGGAAGGAGGAGGUCACAAAUCUUACAUCGCACUCAAAGACCCCAGCACAGCGCUGCUAGCCGGUGUCAGCGGGGGUCAGGAAGCUGGGAAGGGUCAUAUUUAUGUGACCGGUAACGGGAGGAAUGUAAACAGAGACGCCUCGGUACAGCCGCCCCCACAUAACAGGGACAUAAUGUUGGAUUUGGUUGCCGCGGAGGAGUACCUCCCCGGCCAGUUGGCUGGCAGCUGCGUGAUUUCGGGGGUUUGCGGCGACCACGGCGGCCUGAACGGAUUUACUGAGUCAUUCGGUCAGGAGGAGCAAGCGAUGGUCGGGCUGGAGGGAGGAGAAGGGGGAGGGCUCGGCCUCGCAGGGACCACAGUCGCUUCCUGUCCAGCUGUGCUCGGGGGUCGAGUUUCAUUGGAGAUGCGGCAGCACCCUGCGGGGGAGAGCGGAGGGGAAACCCCGGAUUCCGACGACGUUACCCCGGUAGAAAAGGCGACUGGCGCCGGCUGCAUCAGGACUACUCUCCCCUUUGAUCGGCUGCCAUGCUCGGGGAAGCACCAGCGGAACUGCGCCUGCACCGCCGCGGCCCUCCAGUGUCCAGAUGUAAACAUGCCCAACGGGGAUGUUGACAGCCCCGCUUACGGCGGCCCCGAAGCGGAUAUCUCUUUCUGUAAACAGGCAGGGGUGUUUUCCAGCCCGUUGCUUUUUGGCCAGAGACUCGGUUUACGCGACGUGGACUGUGAGGAAAUGAAAGUUGCCAACGGUGGUUUACACAUCGUGACCACAGCCAGAGCAACAUGUGACUGGCCCGACUCAGACUGUUCCCCCGAAAACAACAUUUAUUUCGACCGUGGGGCAACGCAGGAAAACGGGUCCGGGUCGGGACUUUGUCUGAGGAGCCAAAGCGACUGCCCCGGGGCAUUGGUGUCUCAGUGCCCGGGGGAGGAUGCGCCAGCUGCGGCAGAGCUCCCUCACUUCCUCGACUCCUCUUCCCCGGUCCCACCCGAGGACUCCCCCACCCUGGGAUCAAGUGCCAAACCCCCCUCGCCCUGCCCACCAACCCACUCCAACGUGAACGGUGACAGCCCGCUGUCUGAGCCCAACAUCAGGGAGGAUGAGGAGGAUUUCAGUGACCUCAGUUUACCCGUCAGGCCGCAGAGUUUGAGGACUAACCUCAACCUCGCGGUGUCCCUCAGCUGUGAUGCCACACCGUUAUCCCCCGACGACGAUGGGGGGUUUUAUUUUGGAGACGAAGGGUACGAGGAGGACUUCCGGAACGUGCUGGAAGCGGGUCGCAGACAGAGUGCCCCGGACAAGCUGCCAGACCUGACCGAGCAGACAGACAGCUCGGACCCCAAGCUGAUGCCAAAGAGGUUCGGCAUCGCUGAUUUCUUCACCAGGAGCCUGUUUUCUAGGAAAUCCAAAGAGCCCAAGGCGUCGUCCCAUAAUGCAACAGGGUGGCGACUGUUUGGCAAAACAGCAGCCAGAGAGGAUGCUCCACCUACAGACCCCGACUCCACAUCGCCCACACAGCAGGAGGACGAGGGAAAGGACUUGGAUAUGUCCAUGUGUCCUCAGCUUCCCUCAGCGACAGGAAGGAGGAAGAACCUGGAAUUUGAGCCUCUCUCCACCACAGCUCUCAUCCUGGAGGACCGGCCAGCGAACUUACCUGCCAAAUCUUUGGAGGAAACUCAGAGACACAAAAUGGAGUAUGAGGAGAUGGUGGCAGGAGCAAAGAGAAGAGAGAUGAAGGAAGCUCAGAGGAAAAAGCGUCAGAUGAAGGAGAGACAUAGACAAGAGGACAGCAUCUCCAACGCCAUGGUGGUCUGGAACAACGAGAUCCUGCCACACUGGGACACCAUGAAGGGAACGAGGCGGGUCAGGGAGCUCUGGUGGCAGGGACUUCCUCCAAGUGUGAGAGGAAGAGUGUGGAGCCUCGCCAUCGGCAACGAGCUCAACAUCACACCAGAGCUGUAUGAGAUCUUCCUGUCCAGAGCCAAAGAGAAGUGGAGGAGUUACAGUGAAACCAGUUCAGUCAACGACAGUGAGAGCGACGGAGGAGCAUCUCUGGCUGACAGGGAGUCCAGUCUGGACCUCAUCAAACUAGACAUUUCCAGAACUUUCCCCUCUCUCUUCAUCUUCCAGAAGGGCGGUCCCUACCACGACCUCCUCCACAGUGUACUGGGGGCGUACACCUGUUACAGACCGGACAUUGGCUAUGUCCAGGGCAUGUCAUUCAUUGCUGCUGUGCUGAUCCUCAACCUGGAGGAGGCUGAAGCCUUCAUCACCUUCGCCAACCUGCUCAAUAAACCCUGUCAGAUGGCCUUCUUUAGAGUCGACCACGAACUGAUGUUGAAGUAUUUUGCAGCCUUUGAGGUUUUCUUUGAGGAGAAUCUGCCUCGUCUCUUCAACCACUUCCAAACCAACAACCUGACCCCUGACCUCUAUCUGAUCGACUGGAUCUUCACUCUGUACAGUAAGUCUCUCCCUCUGGAUGUGGCGUGUCGGGUGUGGGAUGUCUUCUGCCGGGACGGGGAGGAGAGCUUGUUUCGGACGGGGCUGGGUAUCCUGCGUCUGUUCGAGGACGUCCUACUCCAGAUGGACUUCAUCCACAUCGCUCAGUUUCUUACGCGCCUGCCGGAGGACCUGCAGUCGCACACUCUCUUCACUGCCAUGGCCAACACUCACAUGAUCAGCAGGAACCGCCGCUGGGCUCAGGUGUUUUCUGCAUUGAUGAAGGACGGAAAUAAAGAGAUGGACAAAAACACCAGCCCGGCUUUGAGAAGCUAACACUAGCUAACCUUGACGCUAACGCCAUCUUUCUUCAAACUAAUCAUCGAGCUGUGAAGGUUGAAGCUGGUGCUAGCCAGCCAUGAGAGGCUAACUGUAAAGCUUGAAGCUACGUAGCCUGAAACUUCCACUCCAGAGGCGUCGCUACGGAGCUUGAAGUGAACAUGAGCCAGCUGUGAAGGUGGGAGCUGAACUUUUUGGGCCACAGACGAGCUGCUAGCCUGAGCAUCCAGUCAGGUGAAGGAGAAGUCUGUGCUGGAACCAGAGCGGGAAACCAAAGUGGUUGGUUAGUUCUAAACUUCAGCAGCCAUUGUCAGUAUUUCACCAGACAGAUUUUGGAGACUGGUUGUUUGAGCAGCAGUGUCACUAAUCUACCAGCCUAAAGUUGGAAUAUUAAAACUGACUUUCAGAUGAUAUUCUGUGUUAUUUCCUCUGCCGGCUGGGAGGGAAAACUCACCCGCUUGUGGAAAUUCUGCCUCCCUGUCGGGACUUUAAACACCACUAACACCGAGCAUUGCGCCCUGUGUAAUUCUCAAAGACUCAAAUUCUAAUUUUCGGUGCUAAUGAUUUUCUAAAGGCUUCAAAAUGACCUCUGUGGUUUAAUUAUUAAUUAUUAUGUAGGUCCUUGUGGUUUAAGUUCACACUAUUUAAUUUGCUGCAUAUUUUUUAGCUUGAACUCUGGAUCUAAAAAAUGAUGGGAAUCUGCAGUAGCAUGGCUGAUGCUAAUAUACUAGCUGAUAAAUUAGGCUCCCACUUUAACCACCUAGCUUUUUAAAAAUGUUCAUCUGUAGGCAAAUAAAACAGAAUAGGGGACAUUUGGGUGGGAAGAAAACAUUUUGUACAAUGUAGUCUUUCUAGUAAUUAUUAAGGAAUCAAAUAAUACACAUCUCAUCAGUGAUCCUAAUCAAGUACGAGCAGAUUAUGACUAAAUAUUUUGUGAUUUUGAUGUUUUUACAGGAAGUCAAUUAUUCCAUGGUCCACUGGGCUCAAGACGUCUUUUCUACACGUGUUAAAUACUUUAUCCUUAAUAUCAAAAUCAAACUGUUAAUGUGCAGAAAGUUAGUGAUGGUGGAUAUAUGAAUCCACUGUCAUUGUUAGUGUUCAACCGGACAGAUUUUAGUUAGUUCUGCCGGUAAUUCAUCAACAUGAAUUCAUAAAAGGUGGAUUCAUAUCCAAAAGGAGCUAAAACGACAAAAGUAUUUGCUUUUGAUCAUGUUUUUUGGGUCAAAAAUAUAGCAGUGUGAGGCUGUUGCAGUUCAAUCAGUGUUCCAAGGAUCCAGAUUUACCCUCAGAGCACUUUAUACAUGCAGCACUGAAGCUACAACAUGAACACUGGCUGUCAGAGGUGCAAAACUACACUGAGCGAGCUCAAAUAGAUUAACAGGGCAUUAAGUGCCUCAUUGUUUCCUCUGUCAGCGGUUAGAGGGAAUCAAACUAGACGACCAAGAUUGCCAAUUAGAGCAGAUUAGGUAGGAACAUUUAGGUAAAACAACAUGCAGAUAUAGGAGCAGCAAUACCGUCUUGGCUUUUUAGCUUUUACUAGUUUCAGCUUGAGAAUGAAGCUUUUUAGUCUUUGCAGCAGAACUUUUCUCACUUGUUCUAAAAAGAAGUUUAUAUUGAGGAACAGCGCUUCAAGAAAGCCCGCACACGUUACAGCAUUUCCAUACGAGGAAGUUAGUUUGGCGAAAUUUUUUUUGAACAUAAUAUCUUCCUCUUAAACUUCAGAUUUUGUCUCAACAUAACAUAAACUUUCCUCCAUUGGUAUGUUUAGUUCAGAGUCUGCUGCUGACCUGACUUCACAUGCUGAUAUACUGCCCCCAACAGCCGUUUUGAUAAUUGAUUAACAGUAGAAUUCUCUGAAUCCAGUUUCGUAAUUGUUUAAAUUAAAUUUUGCACUAUUGGAUGGACAAAGCAAGACAUCUCUGAACAUCGUUUUGUGAAAUUUGACAUUUUUAAAAAUGUUUUCUGACAUUUUAUAAAUGAAAUAAAUAAGAAUUAUGCAAUUAUCGGUUGCUAAUUAUUUUUCAGAUUAACUGUUUGCAAGGAAAAUGUAAGAAAAUCAUACCAAAUGUGAAAAACAGUUAAUGAGAACACAAAAUAAUGUCCUCAAGUUGCUUGUUUUGUUUGGCCAACAGUUCAAAACCCAAAAAUAUUCAGUUGAAUAUCACAGAAUCUAAAAAAAACACAAAAAACAACAAAACCCUACAAAAAUAUUCAUAUUUGAGAGUUUGGAAACAGCAGCGUUGUUAUAUUUUUGCUUAAAAAUGGAGUAAGAACAGUUUUAGAUGAACUGUUUUUACAACAGGAACCGUUUUCUGAUUAUUUUCUCAAUAAUUGAUUAAUCAAUAAUGAAAAUAACUUCUAAGGACACACUCUGUAUGAACAUACGUGGGGUAGCUAUCAUGUGUCAGUAAAAACAAGUACUUAAAUGCUUUAAAGUAUUGACUGCAGCAACAUAGCUAAACUUAUCUCUCCGUGCUAGAAGCCCUCAGUGAUCCCACGUGUUAAAAUCUGGAUUAUAAUCUCAGAGACAGUUCGUCACCCCGCCGGGUCUCGCGGCCUGUUGAAGUGCUUUACCGUCUCCGCUCUGUCACUUUGUGUCCAACACUCCUUUGAUUUACACACACUAUAAAUGUAACCUUCACCUCCAUUUCAUCCCUACCUCUCGACAACCUGUCAGCACACCCACACACACACUACUGAUGACGAAUACUUUCCACUUACCCACCAGCAAAUGAGCAGGCCUUAAAAACGUGGACCAAGCAGCCACUACACUCACAGUGUGAACUACCGUGUCGACUGCAGCUCUUUGCCCUGGUUGUUGAAGCGGAGAACUCACCGGAGGAGAUGAGGCAGUAGAAACAGGAGAGGGUUUUAUUUUUAUGUAAACAUGUUAAUCUGGUCAUUAAGUUUCUUUUCAGUUUGUGAAAACUAUCCAGAUCUCCCUAAUUUUAGUAGUGAGUGAAUACAGUGAGACCUCCAGGUUGCCUCUCUUCUGGUGAGUUUUUCUGCAUCGUACUAACGUCACACCAAUUGACUCCACGCAUAAGGGUUUGUUGUUGUUGUACAUCAACCGACCAGAAGCCAGUAUGCGUGUGUCCAGUGUUGUUUUUUCUUUGUGGGAGGGGAUUAAACUCACCAUCCAGCCAUGUUGUAUGUGUUGAUGGUCGUAUGAACGAACUGCUAAACGCUGCGUUCAUUGAAUCACAUGGUUUAGAUUCAGUGGAGGUGAUUUAUAUGUAUACUUUUUUUGUUUCAAACUGCUUUACGUUCCUUUACAAAACUACAAAAUUCCUACAAAUUCUCACACCUCAUAUCCUCUCUCAUCUAUUUAGGAAUUUGACCGAAGUGUUAACGAAGCACUUGACCAUAAAAGAUAGAGACUGGGAAUUAAGUCAGAAUCACAAUGAGUUUUUCCCAGACUGAGUUAGCAAUACAGGUGUUGGAAGCAGCUUGAUUUCAUGCAGUUAAACAUACAUAAUAGUAACAUGCAUCAUCCAGUGCAUGUCCUUCGAGUCUAUCAAAGAGCAUCAGCUACAUGUCCAAAAAAGUUGAAGGCUUUCUCCCACAUCACUUUGAUUCCUCUGUUACAAACGGCACUUCCUCAAACUCUAAAAACACCUCCAGUGGAUCUACACACUCCUGUCUUAGGUAACAAUAAUCAAUCAGUGAAGGCAAGAUUAACUAAUUAGCACUUUGUGAUCAUGAGCUGUUUUUUAUUUCUUUUACUGGUACACUAAUUAUACUGAGUGCACUGACGCUCCGUAAUGAACUUUGAGUGAAAUGCAGAGAAACAAACGUAAUGAAGUCAUUUCCCAUUAAGAUAAUGUCUGUUUAAAAGGUAAUAGUUUCACAAUAAUAAACAUGUUUCUUCUCCAGGUUUCCAUUCAUCCAUUUUUUAAAUGUUUUUCUUUUAAAAUCUUGUGUCCUAACACAAACCAGGUGUGACCAAUGUGACUCUGUGGUUGGUUUUUGUAUGAAAACACUUUCUGAAUUCUUAUUUUCAACACAUCUGAGUGGUUUUUUUAAUAGCUUGAUGGACUGUUAGUGAUUUUCAAUUUGUCUCAUGGAUCCUGAGCAGGUUUUCUAAUCCUAAAAAAUAUUCUCAAAAUCAAUUUGGAACAAAAUAGCAAACAAUAAUGUUUAAUUCCAUUGAUUUUAGGUUGGUUUUGACCAAAAUCAAGCUUAAAAUCCAAAACUGGAAAACAAAUAAACUUGUAACAUGAAUUCCUUUGUGAUAAUCGUAACAUUUUAUUUUAAGGCCUUUUUUUUUUAAGAAGAUAUUUUUAGAUUGAUACUGUCAAUUGUUACAGUUUUAUUCCAGUAUUAAUGUGUAUGAUAGACUGAAUGUCAUGUCAAUUAAUUACAAAUAAUUGUUUUUCUGAAAAUCCGUUCAAAGUGCAUCUAAAUUAAAAUGUUUAAUUAAAAACAAAAAAAUUAAGUUACACCACUAAGCAGAUUUAUCAAAUGUUUUUUAAAAAAACUGUUUUCCAGUAUCCAUGCUCAGCAAUGAUCCUCGCUCAUUCUGAGUGGACAAAUUGGAAUAAAACAUCAGCUGUUGUUAGCGUGUGCUUUUUAACACCUAAUAAAACUACGUGCGAUCCCAAACUAGACACACAGGUGUGUUGAAGAUGAGAGGCUACUAUCCGUGUGUUUGUACUCAUCUUCACUCUUUUAGACUCCUCAACAUGGAAGAUAAAAGUGCAAUAUGGACUUGUUCUAAGGCAGGAGAUACACUGACAGUAACUCAGUGUACGCACACAGAAUCCUCACUCCAGAUUAUUGAUGAAAUGUUCAGAGAGCUGCAGAGGGAAGAUGAGAUGAUGUGAUAUUACUCCCUCAUAUGUUCCAUGUAUUCCUUUUUUAUUUAAGUUGCAUGGUCGCUCUCGGUUGUAUUUUAUACUUUCAUGUACAUUCAUUUAGCUUUUUAUGUUUGUCUUAUGUGUGUUUUAUUGUUUUCUUGUUAAAUUUCAGUGUACAGUUUUUUUGUUUUCAUAAUGCCUUACAGGUGAUGUAAAUAAUCUGUAAAAAUGUUCUUUCUUUUCAUAUAAUGGCCACUAGUUGAAUGUGUAAAUAAAUAUCUCAGCAAACUGA